AAAGGGGCAGUGAGUUUGGGCAGAUCAGGCUGAGCACUUCUUAAACGUUGUCGUAAGCCAUAAUUACCAGAAGAAGUAGGAUAUUUCGCAUUUCUGGAAAAAGAAAAGGCGGCAGAUAUAAAUCGAGAUCGUCGCCAGACGCUGCCAUUACGAACCGAGUAUCACUCCCGAGAGGAUCACGAACGCGGGCUUUUACAACUAACACUAAGGCUUAAGACUCUACUUAACUUGGCGAAAGGGUGAAAGGGAAGGAAAUUUAAAGGUUCGACAGGACUACCAUGAUGUUUGGACGCGGUGCUCUGUGUCUUUUGUUCCUGGGCUUAGCAUGUGCCGCACCAGCAAUCGACAAGGUUGAGAAGCGAUCAGUGGAUAGGAAUGUCUUAGAGCAACUUAUAGACUCAGAUGAGAAAAACGCCGCGGAGAGGGAGUUAGAUACAUUAGGGGGAGGCUCCAUACAUCCAGAGACGGAAAGAGCAUUAUUAGACACGUUAGGUGGAGGUGCAAUCCAUCCAGGGCGCGAGGUUCUCAGUUCCCGGGAAUUGCUCGAAUCAUUAGAAGAGGCCGACCCAGAGGAACGCAGGGCGCUCCUCGACUCUCUCGGCGGGGGAGCUAUCCAUCCGUCACGUGACCUUGACAAGCGCACCUUUGACCAAAUCGGCCAUGGAGGUUUCAGCAGCUUCAACAAGAGGAAUUUCGACCAAAUUGGACACGGCGGAUUUUCUGCGUUCAACAAGAGAAACUUUGACCAAAUUGGACAUGGUGGAUUUUCCGCUUUCAACAAGAGAAACUUUGACCAAAUAGGACAUGGUGGAUUUUCCGCUUUCAACAAGAGAAACUUUGACCAAAUAGGACAUGGUGGAUUUUCCGCUUUCAACAAGAGAAACUUUGACCAAAUAGGACAUGGUGGAUUUUCCGCUUUCAACAAGAGAAAUUUUGAUCAAAUUGGCCACGGUGGUUUCUCGGCCUUCAACAAACGAAAUUUCGACAAAAUCGGAAGUGGAUCUUUAAGCAGCUUCGACAAACGCAACUUUGACCCUAUUGGCCACGGUGGAUUUUCUAGUUUCAACAAGCGCAAUUUCGACAGAAAUGGGGAUGGAUCAUCAUCCGGUGAUUUUGCCAAACGACCAUUCGACAAAAUAGGCGCCGGCGCGUUCAGCAGUUUUUCCAAGAAGAAUUUCGACCGCAUAGGGCACGGUGGUUUCUCUAGCUUCAACAAGAAAAACUUUGACCACAUUGGACAUGGCGGAUUCAGCAGUUUCAACAAGAAGUCAUUUGACAGCAUUGGUGAUGGUCCCCUUUCUGGUUUCGUCAAGCGAUCAGCUGAUAAAACCAAAGAGGAGAAAAAGGACGCCGAGUAAAUCGUUUGUUACUCAGUCCUUUUUCACUGGACCCGUGAAUCUGAAGCAGGACUCCGACAAACUAUGGGAACGGGAUUUAUGACGUCAUCAAUAACCCAGAGGGAGGCACGAACAAAGCAACUACAGCCAAAACAAGAAAGAAUUGGAAUUCAAGAAGUUCCCGAUGAGUUGAUAAACAAUGUAAAAAAGUAAACAACUGCAAAGCUCUGCCUGAUUUCGUCAGUUAGCUACAACGAAAGUUGUUAUGGUUGUAAAAAAAUAUCAAAAUUAUGAAAACUGCAUUUUAUCCUCAUUCUCAUAUUCACGGUGCCCAAUCGAUUGAUCGUACUAGAGUGGAGAAUGAAUUUCCGGUUAGGCCAGCCCGAUCAUUUGUGGGUGGUGAACUUGAUGUGUGGAAGGAGUGCAUAACAUUCCUCUUAAAUGCUCUGGGAAAAGCGUGGAUUUGUUAUUGGAAAUUUGUUCCCAACUUCAUUAUCUUCAUCGAUUAGGCGCCAUUUAGCAGUAUGUACUAACUAACUAGGAAAUAGAAUAUUGUUAAGUUUAACAUCGAUCCUUAGAGCAUCCGCUGCAAAAACUGCACUGAUUCAAUAUUUAGUUCCGAUAGCCACAUGAAGAAGGCUUAUUACAUUUUGCUCAUUCUCUUACGGAACAUUCUAUUUCCUAAUAGCAGCAGAAAGAACGAGAGAAAAAAUGCAGGUUUUACUUUGACAUUUCUGCUUUCUAUCGGCUUCCGUUGUGGCUGUUCAGCACGCAGAAUACCUCAACAAGUUGAGAUGCCAAACAGAAAAAAAUAUGUUUUGAUCUCGUAGUAAUUAAUGACCCAGUUUUGGAUUGGUGAAACUAAAGUGGAUGUCAACUAUGGCUGCGGAAUAACAUGUGAUAAAGUAUUAAGACAUUUCUUUCGACCUGGACUAUGGCAGACAGCCAAAACACUGUAAAUAUCUAUAUAUUACUCGUACAUGUCAGUGAGCCAAUGGUUGUGUUUUAAAUCUUUACGUCCUAAAAGCUAAAGGUGAUUGAUGUGAAAUGGUUCGUUUGUUAUUCGUUGGCAAUUUUGUCUCGCCAAAAACUCAUUACUUAAUGAGUUUUGGUCUCGCCAAAUGCGAAAGUUUUUAUUUGUCAUCUUUUAUUUGAUGGCAAACCUACUAAUGCUACCGGCUGAAGUAUUAAAAUAUGUUGGGCCUGUGGCGCCAUGAAAAGCUGGUGUCAUAUGCCAACAAACGCAACCCGUGACAUUCCUUAACCUUCCUGAUGCGACAGUAACCGGAAAUUGAAUUCGAUGCAGAGAGACAUCUUCCAAUAAACGGGUCUUUACCAAACUACGCUAUAUCACAAAAUUUGAUUAAUAGUCAUAUUACGAGAACAUCGCCAACAAUAACGGUGUAAACAUGCUAAAUGAAUCAUGGCUUAAUAUGACACGUUAAUACGAAGUGUCUUUUAGAAUUUGUUCGUCGUCAGCUUCCACAGUCCAAUGGUAAACAAUCACAGUACCAGUGCUGCCUCCUUUAAGUUAGAGCGACUUGAGAAGCCAGUUCUAUUUAGCAUGUUCGAGAGCACACACUUGUUAGAAAUGUUGUACUUCUGAUUAUAACGUUUAAUAAAGAAAUCGUGAUCAACCUCUGGGAA